GCCUUCUCAAAGAUACGUGCGAGCUCAUGUAUUGCAGACGGCAUAAGAGCUCGCAAACGCCAGAAUCUACGAUGGAGAGGGCGUCCAGCUCGUUGACGAUUCAUCGCCAUGAUGCGUGGCAGCACACAGGUAGAGAUCGACGCACUGGAAUGGACAGAAUGGAUGUGUGUGUCUGUGUGUGGCUGUCUGUCUGUCUGUCUGCAGGCGUCAUCGACGACAGUGGGUGCAAUGUUAUGCUCGGGGCGCUCUUUCGCCGACUCAAUCACCUCCCCUACUCAAAGUGAGCGAGGCCAUGUGUGUGCAUUGAUUUGACUGCUGCACUGUGUCUGUCUGUCUGCUGAAUGAAUCAAUGAACCUGCAGUCUGCCGUAUCUAUCGGACCACGUCAAGCAGGCGCCCACAAGGUGACAGAAAAGAGAGAGAGAUGACUGACUCAACAAGACAGUCAGUCAAUGGUGUCUUAUGGGUGUAUGUGUCCGAGUCCAUCGACAGGUUCAUUGUGCUAUGGGUGGUUGCGUGCGCGUCGACGCUGCUCUGUGUGGCCAUCAUCGGCUACCACUGGUGGUGCCACUUUCGCGUUGGUACACGGACUCACACGCGCACUCACUCAUUGUGUAUCUGUCUGUAUGUGUGUGUGUGCGACUUCGUUGGGGUGUUUUGCGUGCAGGCGAUGAGCUGCGAAAGUCUCGUGGGCGUGUUCUGUUGCCGAGGCAAACGCGGCUGACCUUCAAAAUCCUUGUGAUGGUGCCGCAAUUGGCACUAUUCAGCUGGUCGGUCGGACAGAAGGGCGGACAGUCAUUCUCUCUCACCUCUCCCCCUCUCUGGGUCUGUGCUUCAGUGUGGGCUUGUUCUACAUUCGUCUAGGGCGUCUGUUUGGUCUAUUUUCCAAUCUCGCUUACAUGACCGCUCUCUUCGCUCUCUGGUGAGCCGCGCACAGAGGCAGACAGGCAGACAGGCUGGGAAUGGAUUGACGAUGGGUGUGCUCAGGGACCUCCUGUGCGAGAUGCUAGGAGGCCCAGAAAGGUGAGCGACUCACCAUCGGAUGGAUGGAUGGAUUGCCCAAGGAGAGUCUUGCAUGUGCUUCGUUCAGGUGUAUAGCGGUGCUCCACCACGAACCUCCAAUGAAGUUCCUCACCGAAUUUUGGGUGACACAGCGCACCAACAGACACAAAUGCACCACCUCACACCGACCAACCUGUGUGUCUGUGUGUAUGUCAGAUUUGCAAGUGUUUGAGGCCGCUGGAUGGGAGGAGAUUCCAUCUGUCGCACUUCUACUGGAGCCGUAUAAUGGUCAGUCAGUCGCCCCACUGCCACACCCAUGCCAUGAACUGCAUCCCUAGGCUGCGCGUGUGUGUGCGCAUCAAUCAGGUGAUGCAACACGCCAUGAUCGGGCCGGCCCUUCUGCUGACCCAAACACUGGUCGAGGACUUCAUGCCGAUGCUCGACUGGGUGAGUAUUCUGGCCGCCAGAUGCGUGUGCGUGUACACAGCUGUGCGUGUGUGUGUGCGCUGGAUGUGCGCAGGUGGGGAUCUUGUCUCAGGUGGUGUGUGGGUAUGGUCUGUCCAUUUUGAUAGCGGCGAGCAGGAAGCCGCUGCGGGAGUACAGGAGCGACUGGAAGGCAUGGAUGGUCAUGAUAUCGGAUCCCGCAAUUAUGCAGUACCUCAGGUGGGGUGGGGUGGGUGCAUUCACUGCCACCUAUCUCCCAUAACACCUACUCGCCCAUAAUGCGUGUUUUUUCAGGCUGGUGCUGACGUACCUUGCACACAGGAGGGUGUGUGCCGCUCUGCUCAACCAACAGGAGCCCGCUCCAUCUUACACGGAGGUACGCAGACAUCGACACGCACAUAUGAUGCGUGUGCAUGCGCAGCGCGCGGUGGCGUGUGAGUGAGUGUGUGUGUGUGUGUGUGCAGGAGGUGAUGAGUGAGGCGUAUGCCAACUGCCUGACGUGUGUCCUCACUGUCCCGCUCUCACUCUGGGCGGUGUACGCAUUCCCUGCACGAGAGGUACACACCAACAUACACAGCAACAUACACACACACAUUCACGCGUCGGUGCCUGUGUGUGCGGGUCUGCGUCCUAGGUGAAGCAGUGUGUCCAUCGGUUUGUGGAGCCGCGAGGUGGUGAGACGCAGGACAACGAUGAGAACAAUGAGGAAGACGACACCAAGUGAGCGACACACACACUCAGACAGACAGACAGACAGGCACGCACCCACCUCCGCCUGAGUGUGUGUGUGUGUGUGUGUGCGUGUGUGUAGUUUGUUGAGCAGCACAUCCACCCCGCCCAGUGAACACGACACUGCGACAGAGACACAUAUACUCGCCGUCGGGUGGGCACAUCUGAUCGAAAAUCUGAUACAUACAACUGUGUGUGUGUGUGUGUGCAGGUCGAGUCAUCGGCACUCGCCGCUUUAUGAGAGGCAGUGGACGGGGGGAAUGGCAUAGUAUAGUCAGGGAGGGAGCGUAGCUGUAGAUUGUGGCAUGCAGUGCGUUGAUCGAUGUGUUCUUCGUUCCUUCGUUGAAUCGUCCAUUAAUUGUGCUGGCUGGCAUGAAUGUAUAGACAUGCAGAUUGAGACGACCAUUGAUAUGAUUGAUGCAUGGCAUGCAGUGAGCGACUGACAAGACGACACAGUCAGCAGUCAAUCAGGUCGGACGACCU